AUGGCAAAACAUAAGCAGACCUACCAUAAGAGGAAAACUCGUACACCACUCCUACAGAAACAAACCAAGACCAGGGACCUGCCCUCAACCUCCAGAGGGUGGCGCUCUGCAGAACUAGUCCAACCAGAGCCCCAGGUGAAAGCCACAAAGACCAACCCCAAAAAGCGGCGGUUUCGUCCUGGGACCAAAGCCCUGAUGGAGAUCCGCAAACAGCAGAAGUCCUCUGAGCUGCUCAUCAAGAAGAGGCCAUUCUCCCGCCUGGUCCGUGAGAUUAGUCAGCAGAAUUUCCUCACCUGUUACAGAUGGGAGGCCACUGCUCUGUUGGCCCUACAAGAGGCUGUGGAGUACUUUCUGUGCAUCAUGUUCUCAGAUGCCAACUCCUGUGCCAUCCACGCCAAAAGAACAACACUGCUUCAGAGAGACAUACGCAUGGUGCUGAAGAUAGACAAGACCAGCAUUGACCACCACUAAG